AUGAGCAGACGGUUACUGGAUUUUUACCGGCAAAUAGCUGAUGGCGGAGGCUGCAACUUUCCUGACACAUGGACGGGAGGAUGGUUCCAGUCAGGGAUCCCGGGCCUCAUCUACAUCAACUCCACCAGCAUGCAGGGCAAAGGGGAGUGCGCUGAGACUGAUGGCACAGACAAGUUCCUGGUUUACGACAAGAACGAGGAGUGCUACCGGUGCCUCGUAAUACACGAAAAGCAUAGAUAUGUGUUACAGUAUAAAGAAACGUACUGCGGCCAGCGAGACUCGCUGUCCACAAUGUGCGAAUCCAUUACUGGGGACGCGGCGCUGUACUCCAUGUUCAAGAAGGACCCGAGGCCUGAACCUCAGCAGUGUCCGUUCCAUCCAGCUCCGUUCACCUUCACGUAUAGCCGCGGAUCAGGCGACUGCGUCAAUCCUCCGUCCCGUGCGGAGUCGUGCACAGACGACUCGCGACUGUUGCUGCGGUACAUGGCGUGUCCUGACGUGCCUAGCACUGAAAGCAAUGUUGAGGAGCUAAUUUGCUUAGCUACUUGGAAAGAAGGCUCCACCAGGUACCUCGUGGGCCUCAUCUCACAGGUGCAGAGGAGGAAUUCCAUAUCCACUGACGAAGAUAUGUAUAGAUGCUUCGUUUACAAAGGCAGUCACGCAGACAAGACGGUAACGUACAGCAUCGCUCAGUCGGGAGACGCCACGUGCAAUGGACUCACCUCCUCGGUAGACGGCAGUCGCACCAUGAAACUUACCAAUAUCGAUGACGAACACAACCGAUGCCAUUUCCCCAACUGGAUCGUGGAACACCACAAGUGGUACAGUUUGGACCAUACCCACCAAUACCACUUCACUACCAAGAAUGCCACGCUCAAGAUAGAGAAAGAAGACGGUACCCGCGAAGAGAAGCGGAUAGUCUGUCACUCAAUACUUGAGCAGAAAGAGAAGAAAUACGUGAAACUCGUCGCACAUCUUACAAGAGGAUGCGAGUCUGGUCACGUGUGCGUGCGCGUGUCGCGUCGCGGCGGCGGCGUGCUGGAGCUGCAGCUCGGCGCCGCGCUCACGGGCGCGCCGCAGGCCGCGUGCGCGCCCGACCUGCCCAACACGCCGCACGUCACGCUCAUUUCUACUCAACUGUCUCCGUCCCAGUGUCCAAUGCUGGGACGCUACACGGUGGUCGAGUCUCUGGCCGACAGACGCCGGAGACGACAACAACUCACUAUAGACGAAACAGGUCUAGAGGACACAGCUGCAAAACCCCCAGAAUGUGUGAUGGGACAGUAUGACAGCGCCAGUAUCGGCUGCGGAGCCUCUCAGGACGCUAUAGAGUUCCGGUCAGCUUGCACCAGCACAGUGUACACGUGCUACGGUAGCUGGCAAGAAGGUUCCCGGCACAUGGUGGUGGCGGCCCCGGCCUCUACUCGAUCGCAGAGUCGACCCCAUGCACUCUGCUUCAUCUACACUUAUGUCAACGAUUCGUCGGGCGGUCAAGCGCGGUACCUGUCGGUGUCGGUGGUGUCCCGCUCCUGCGACCGCAGCGUGACGCCCGGCGUGGCCGGGGACAAAGCGUACAACCUAACACUGAACGGUACGUGCGAGCAGAGCAGCAAGUACAGCGCGGCGGCGGCGCUGGCGCCGGGCGGCGCGGCGCUGCUGGCGCUGGCGGCGCUGCUCGCGCGCAGCUGA